AUGGCUACCAACAAGAUGAUCAACCUCUCCGUGGACCCAGCCCGGGAAGACGAGCUCUUCGCCAAGGAGGUCGAAGAUGUCAAGAGGUGGUGGAGUGACUCAAGAUGGCGGUACACCCGUCGGCCUUUUACUGCCGAGCAGAUCGUCAACAAGCGCGGUAACCUCAAGAUCGAGUACGCCAGCAACGCUCAGAGCAAGAAGCUGUGGAACAUUCUCGAGAACCGCUUCCAGAACAAGGAUGCUAGCUACACGUACGGCUGCUUGGAACCUACGGCGGUCACCCAAAUGGCCAAAUACCUCGACACCGUCUACGUCUCGGGUUGGCAGUCGUCGUCGACCGCUUCGUCGUCCGAUGAGCCUGGCCCGGAUCUGGCUGAUUACCCCUACACCACCGUUCCCAACAAGGUCGGCCACCUCUUCAUGGCGCAGCUCUUCCACGACCGCAAGCAACGCCAGGAGCGCCUAUCGGUACCCAAGGCCCAGCGUGCUAAACUGGCCAACAUCGACUACCUGCGUCCCAUCGUCGCUGAUGCCGAUACCGGCCAUGGCGGCCUGACUGCCGUCAUGAAGCUGACCAAGCUCUUUAUCGAGAAGGGCGCCGCUGGCAUCCACAUUGAAGACCAGGCGCCGGGCACCAAGAAGUGCGGCCACAUGGCCGGCAAGGUGCUUGUGCCCAUUUCCGAGCACAUUAACCGCCUGGUCGCCAUCCGCGCGCAGGCCGAUAUCAUGGGCUCUGACCUCCUCGCGAUUGCGCGCACCGACGCCGAGGCCGCGACCCUCAUCACCACGACCAUCGACCCACGCGACCACGCCUUCAUCCUCGGCAGCACCAACCCCAACCUGCAGCCGCUCAACGACCUGAUGGUUGCCGCCGAGCGCGCCGGCAAGGCUGGUGACGCCCUUCAGGAAAUCGAGGACAAGUGGCUGGCCCAGGCCGACAUCAAGCGCUUCGACGACGCCGUGCUCGACGCCAUUGCCGCCUCGGGCACGUCUGCCCAAGCCGACCGCUAUCGCCAGGCGAUCAAGGGCAAGCAGCUGUCCAACACUGAGGCGCGUGCUGUGGCUCGUGAGAUUUUGGGCCGGGAUAUCUACUUCGACUGGGAUGCGCCGCGCACUCGGGAGGGCUACUACCGCCUCAAGGGCGGGUGUGACUGCUCGGUCAACCGCGCCAUUGCGUAUGCGCCGUACUGCGAUGCCAUCUGGAUGGAGAGCAAGCUGCCCGACUUCAAGCAGGCCGAGGAGUUUGCGCGUGGCGUGCACGCCGUGUGGCCGGAGCAAAAGCUCGCCUACAACCUCUCCCCUUCGUUCAACUGGAAGACCGCGAUGCCGCGCGCUGACCAAGAGACCUACAUCCGUCGCCUUGCCGGCCUCGGCUACUGCUGGCAGUUCAUCACCCUGGCCGGCCUGCACACCACCGCGCUGGCGAGCGACCGGUUCGCGCGUGCGUACGGCACCCAGGGCAUGCGCGCGUACGGCGAGCUGGUCCAGGAGCCCGAGAUGGAGCUUGGUGUCGACGUGGUCAAGCACCAGAAGUGGAGCGGUGCGACCUACGUGGAUGAGCUGCAGAAGAUGGUGACGGGUGGUGUGAGCUCGACGGCGGCUAUGGGUAAGGGUGUGACGGAAGACCAGUUCCAUUAA